AAGACGAUGACGCCGGCGGCGGGGCCGGGCGCGGCCGCUGCUGCACAGGCCAUAGCAGCAGCCCGCGAGAAAGAGAAACAAUGCCGGGGAUUCCGCGGCCGUGUUCACCGCGUCGCAAGUCACGAUCGGCGUCGGCGGAGCGAGAAAAAGCGCCUGUACUCGCGCAGGCCGCUGCCAAGCCCCAGCAUGCCGCCACCACAGGUCCCGUGCUCGUAUACCAGGUUGCGAAGCCGGCUCGCAGCGAGUCGUCGAGCCACGACCCCGUGAUCGUGUACCAGUACCCGAGAGUCCUCGACAGCCCGUCCAAGUCGCCGACGCGAGCUACCAGCAGGUCUUCGAGGAGCGGCCGAGCGACGCCUUCCCCUCAGACUUCACCUUCGCGAAGGGCAACCGUCUCUCCGGCCGAGGAGCAGCCGGAGCCGCAGUCGUGCUGCAUCAUGGACCGCAUCGAGAAGAAGUACCAGGAGUCGUCGAGCCAGCUGGACGGACAGCACCUGUACAUCGUUCUCUGCUUCCAGUCGGCCAUAGCCACGCUGCUCUUCCUGCUGUUCCUGUGCGUGCCGGUCGCCAUGAUCACGGUGGGCGCGCUCAACCUGUCCAACUGCCGGCUGAGCUAUGCGAUACCGCUCUGCCUGACCGUCGCCGGCUGUGCCUACCUGCUCAUACCGCUGCUGAGCGCCGCGCUUGACUGGAACGCCAGCAACAGCUACUGCCCAAUCAUGAUAUCGGUGCUGGUGGUGGUGGCCAUGGGAGCCUCAACCACGGGCUCCGUGUUCGUGUUCUCUGGCAUGUGGCCCUCCGGGAAGCCAGACGACCCCCGGUACUGCCAUCCAGCCGUCUACUACUUCUCGUUCAUCAUGUGGUCCACUUUCAUCGUGUUCAUACCCGUCAUGCUCGUCGUGUCCGUAGUGGUGUUCAGGAAGUACGGCAGGCACAAUGUCCACGCGGCCACGAUGCCGUCGCCUAGGUAGUGACAUUCCUGCCCUACCCGCUUCAUAUAAAGUGGA